AAUGGCAACAAGAAAUAGGACUAAGAAAGAAGAUCUCGAAGAUGGAUUUUCCCUACCAGAUGAUUAUGAUGAAGUCGACAAUGACGAACUCUUUGGUGAUGGUGGUAGCGACUUCGAAGAAGAGAAAAGCGCUCCAAAAUCAAAUAAAAGACUGAAGAAGACCAAGAAAAGUCGGAUCAAGAAUAAAAGAAGAAAGGUAAAGGAAGCUAAUGUCAACCAAUUCUUCGAUGAAUUCGCUGAUGAAGAUGACGAUGAAGAAGAAGAUGACGUUGGUGGUGAGAUCAACGAAGAAGAAAGACAGAAAAUUUAUGAAAGAUAUGACCAGAAUAAAUUUGGCCAAAGAUCUAAGAAUAUGUAUGCUGAGAUGAGCGAAGAUGACUUAGAAGAUUACGCGAAGAAUCUUGAAUCAAAGUACAAUAGAGAUGUUGAGCUGGACCCAGAGGAGGAUGAUGAGGCUAGGAAUAUUUAUCCCACAAGAGCAGAUCCAACACUCUGGUUAGUGAAAUGUAAACAAGGGUGUGAGAGAGAAGCUUGUGUGUGUCUUAUGAACAAGUACUUGCACCUGAAGAAGCAAGGAAAGCCUUUGAGUAUCAUCUCUGCAACUAUUAGUGACAAAGUUCAAAGCCAUCUUUAUAUUGAAGCUUACAAAGAAGUUCAUGUUAGAGAAGCUAUUAGAGGACUCAAUCUCAUCUUUCAAAGAGAUUGUAUUAGAAUUAAAAAUGAAGAAACCGCUAGUGUGUUUGAAAUUGAUAAAGCCUCAAAGAUCACCCUCAAGAAAGGACAAUGGGUUAAGCUAAAUAGUGGAUUACAUUCUGGAGACUAUGCUAAAGUUGUGGGAGUUGAUGACUCAAAGGAUGGCUGCUACUUAAAACUCAUCCCAAGAAUUAAGACAGAAACCGGGCCCGAUCCAAGAAUUGUUAAAAAUAGGAAAAAGAUUGGGAUGCCAGAAAGAGCUCCUCUGAAAUUCUUCAAUAAAGAAGAAUUCUCAGAUGUUGUUGAAAAAUACAAUGGAAUGUUUAACAAGCAAAUGUUAUAUUGGAAUAGGAACUAUUACAGAAAGGGUUUCUUGUAUAAAUACUUCAACAUCAAAAACAUUGAAACUGAUAAUGUUAUCCCUCCAAGAGCAAUCCUAGAGAAGUUCCUCAGACCAGGAGAAAACCAUGAUGAAGUUGAUCAUAGUGAUGAAGAUCCUGAAGAAGAGAUGGAAAAAUGGAAGAAACUUGCAUCUGAAAAUAUCCUUCUCACUAAAGGGGAUAAAAUCAAGGUGAUCUCUGGUGAGCUUCAGAAUUUGACUGGAAAAGUUAUUGCGAUAGAGAAGAAAGUGGUAACUAUGAAGCCAGACAUUGAAGAUAUCCCUGACAACCUUGACCUUGAUAUCUCUAUGAUCUCCAAGCACUUUGAAGAGGGGGACCAUGUCUAUGUUGUAGAAGGAGAAUACGAAGGAGAGAAAGGAAUGAUUACUAAAGUGAAAGGAGGCAGAUGAAUUAUCUUCUCAGAUGUAAAGCAGAGAGAGUUUAUUGCAUUCUUAAAUAACUGCAAACUAUCUUCUCAAGUUGCCCAAUUGACUUCUUCCAACAUUGAGCAUGGUUACAAUGUAUUUGAUCUGAUCGUGACAACCAAGAGGAUGGCUGGAAUUGUUCUUGCUAUCGAAAAAGAGAGCUUGAAAAUUCUCACUCAGAAUGGAAAUGUUCAAAAUAUUGAUGUAAAUGAUGUGAGUAACAAAGUCAUCCAGAAAAACAACGUUUCAACUCUUGACCAUGAUGGAAACUUUGUAAGUGUAGGAGACCCUGUAAGAGUUGUCGAAGGACCUAACAAGAACUUGAAAGCAAUAAUUAGAAAUAUUCACCAGAACUCGAUUUUCCUCUACAAUAAAGAGUUUUUAGAAACAUUUGGAUAUUUUGUUGAGAAUAACAAGAACAUUGCAAUGAGAGGAGAGGAAUCAGGCAAAAGAAACAUGACUGCUCCUAAUAACAAAAGAAGAGACCCACUUAUUGGCAAAAUAGUGACAAUUUGUAAGGGUGAAUAUAAAGGAUUCGAAGCUAGGGUUGUUGAUACAAUUGAGAGAACAGUCAAGCUUGAGUUAUUCUUUAAAAGUAAAAUCAUACAACUCAGAAAAUCUGAUAUCAUUGAAAAAGAUAAAAUCCAAGAAGACAAAAGGCCAGUUAAGAUGGAGCCAAGGCAUGUUGUACCUAAAACUCCUGCCUACCAGCCAAAUAGUCCUGGAUAUUCCUAUAAUAAUUCAGGUAAAGAAUCACCUAAUGGAGGACUCUAGG